CGCCUUUAAUUUGUUUUGUUUUUUAACCAGGCUUUAAAAAUGUCCCAGCAAAUCCGAGUCUUGCAAUGCAUUCAAUGCAAAAUGUACCAGGUGGACUUUGUGAAGAAAGUGAAUAAAUGGCAGUGUAAGAUUUGCAGACAGAAGCAGGAUUUGCUCAAGGAGUUCUUCAAAGGAUCAGGACCAGAAUGCCGGGCCAAGGUACAACAAUUAAAUUUAGAGCGUGGAAUGCGGGAGGAAAAACUGAAGGAGGAUCUUUUCCUCACAGCCCAGCAGCAACAGGAGCAGAAGGAAAACAGCCUUGAAAAACAGGAUACUCCUCCCAAGAAACAAACUAACAAAUGGGCCAACUAUGUGGAUGAACCAAUUGAAAGUAUUAAAAAAACUGCAGCAGAUCCUUCGGAAAUACAAAAUCAAAACCAAGAACUAUUCGAGGAAGUCCCCAUGAACUUUAAUAAAUCCAGGAACAAGGUUCCAAGGUCCAACAAACGUCCUGCCGAAAAUCUACCAGCUGUCAACAAGAAAAGUUGCUCGAAAUGGAAUGAUUUCUUAUAAACAUAUUGCUGAUUUUGUAAAAUAAAUAAAGAGAACAUUAUAA